AUGACAUCGCCGAUGGGCAGUUUGCAUGGAGGGGGGAAUCUUCAAAUGAGGAGGGGCGCAGAAAAUGAGGGGAAUUGGGCCAUUUUUUUGUGUCAGCGACGACCAACUCCACCAUCCAAACCAACCAUUUCAAGUUUCACCGAAAGAGACCCCAAAAAAACCAUAAAAAAUAAUAACCCUUUCCAACUCCGAGAAAUUAAUAAUUCCAACUCUAUCCUGACUCUGUUACCCAACCCUGCCUGGAGGGCCCUCCCUUCUGGUCACGAGGGUCGUCCUCACCCCCCAAGGAAAAGGGGGUCACUGCCGCCACCAAUGCAGACUCCAACCACCAACUCUCCAGAUGUCAAGCUAGUGCCGCGUCGCACCUUGGAGGGCCACUCUGGUUGGGUCUGGGAUGUGGCCCUCUCCCCGGAUGGUACGAUGGCGGCGUCGGCCUCGAAUGAUACCACGGUCCGAGUCUGGGGCACGUCGGCGACGGGCUCGCUAUAUCGAAUAUUCAAAGGCCACUCCGGCCCGGUCAGGGCUGUCUCCUUCUCGCCAGACAGCCAGCGGGUGGCUUCUGCCUCCGACGACAUGAUCGUGCGAGUUUGGGAAAUCGGCACGGGGGUCGUAUCCCGUUCAUUUCAAGGCCAUUCCGGCUGCGUGAGGUCGGCCGCGUUUUCGCCGGACGGGAAGUUGAUAGCGUCGGCAUCGGACGACAAAACGGUCCGUCUUUGGGAUCUCGCGUCUGGCCACACCGUCCAAGUCUUCCGCGGCCACACCGGCUGGGUACGGACGGUGAAGUUCUCGCCGGAUGGGAAGCUGCUGGCAUCUGCUUCCGAUGACUGUACGGCUCGCAUCUGGGAUGUGCAAACAGGCACCGCCCGUGCCGUACUCGAAGGCCACACUGACUAUGUGCGGGCCGUGAGCUUUUCACCAGACGGCACGAUGGUAGCCACUGGAUCGAAAGAUCGAACGGCACGGUUGUGGCGAGCCGGUACUCUAUCGACGGUCCUCGAGGGACAUUCGAGCUGGGUGAAAGAUGUGAUUUUCUCUCCGGACAGCCAACUGGUCGUCUCUGCGUCGGACGACUCAUCAAUACGACUUUGGACUUCGAGCACGGGCAGUCCCUGCGGCAAGUUGGGACCAGUUCAAGGCUGGGAAAGGGGCAUGGCCUUUUCGCGGGACGGGAAGCUGGUGGUGUCUACGGCUGAUGAUAUGACAGUCAGGAUUUUGGAAACUGACGAGAACUUAUGGUCUUUGAAAUAG